AUGGGAGAAGGUGUUCCAAGUCCUAAAACCAUUGGAAACAAAAGAAGUGCUGGAAGUUACAGGCAGAAUCCAUGGAGAGUGAGCAAGUUAACGCUCUGCAUGGAUGAGAAGACACUACAUCGAAGCCUGAAGUUACUGACCUGGGUAUUGAGUCAGGAAGGCUGCAGGGUCCCCAAGCAGAAAGUGUCAGCUGCUAGUCUUGGGCUGCCCACUCUGAUGCAGUUGACCGCGGGCGAGAAUGAGGGACGGAGGAAUGCAGCUGGAGGGGAUGGGCCGGUCGAUGGAGGAGAGAAACAGGAGGCGCCCGGGCCUGGUGGCAAGGAGGAGGGGCGAGUGGGCUGGUGCAAAUGGCCGCUGCCCGACAGUGUGAAGGGGCUCCUGGUUGCCCUCUUUGGGGGCGGUUUGCCAGCUGGUUUUGUGGCACCCUUCACCAAGAUCGCCUAUGAAGCCUCCCACAUCCCCUCGCUGGAGAUCCUGCUGUUCCGCUGCAUCAUCCACAUGGCUCUGUUCUUCUACAUCAAGUUCAGGGGGGGGUCGCUCUUUGGUCCCCGUGAAGCUUGGAGGUCCACCUUCGUCCAUGCCAUCAUUAACAUCGUGUCCAUCGCCUGCGCCUACAGCUCCUUCAUGGUCAUUCCAGCCGGGAACGCCGCUACCGUUCGCAAGGGCACCUCCACCCUCUGCUCUGCCCUGAUGGCCCUGGUCAUCGACAGUUACCACCUUAGCGUCUACGACUGGAUCGGGCUGCUGGGCAGCUUGGUGGGCCUCAUCCUCAUCGUGGUGCCCGACCUGCUGAGGCUGGACAGGAGCUCGCGCCUCUCUGACAUCUUCGGCUACAUCCUGGCCAUGCUGGGCGGCUUGGCACUGGCCAUGGCGCUCAUGAUCUUCCGGACCCUCACCCACCCCUCCAAACUGAUGACCGCUGCCUUCACGUUCGGCAUGGUGGGCAGCCUGAUCUGUGCCCCACUUAUGCUGCUGCUCCAGAAACCCAUCGCCCCGGUUGAGCCACUCACCUGGUGCUGCGUGACGGGCAUCACGGUGCUGGCUCUGGUCUCCUUCUUCUGCGCCAACUAUGCUGUCACCAAGACACACCCGGCACUGGUGUGCGCCUUCCUGCACUCUGAGGUGGUGGUCACCAUGACCGUCCAAUACUUUGUCCUCCAUGAACCCAUCAGCCCGUUUGGACUGAGUGGUGCCACAGUGAUUAUUUGUAGCAUCGUUGUCAUUACUGCCCAGAACAUGGCUCAAGACCACAAGGAAUUAAAUGAGAAUAAAUAA